AUGGAGCCGGAAGGGUCAAGUGGAUUCAAACGGAACUCUGUCCAUCAGGGAAUUUACAGUCGUCCUGUGGAACGGCGGCCCAGCAAGAAGUCUUCCUCCAAGGACCGGCACGGGAUGGUGUAUCCCGAUAGCUUCAGGGACACGGGAAUUCGAACAGUCACCCCAGACUCUGAGGCUGGCAACCACUCACCUUCCUCGGAGGCGGAGUAUCUCGCAUCAAGUGCAGCAGCUUCCCCUCGCCCCGCCACCCGGACAAGAGCCUCCGAUCGAGAAUCCCGUCGCGACUAUCACUCUUACCACUCGGCAGGCGACGAAGAAGAUACACAUGUGGAGAUGAAAAGUCAGCGCGCACGGUCACGGACCACCACCCUAGAUGAUCAGCGCAGCGAGAUCUCCCCUAACACAUUUUUCAGAGCCCGGAAUCGCCUGGGAUCUAUCAACACCGCAGUUCCACAACCCAAAACCCCGGACGAGUCGUCAUCUAUUGGCUUUCCGUCGAUUCAGUCCCCCACUUAUUUCAGUCACUCCCUUGGCCGCCAACGGUCAAGCAAGCCCCCAGGGGGUUCGAGCUUGGUGACGAGCGUAUCGGCCAAUCAACCCCCCUCGGCGCUGUCGACUACCGAUGCGUCCAAAAUCCUGCAGCUUAUGAAAACGACUUGUGGAAGGAUGCACGGCAUUCUUUCGUUUCGGACUGCAUCAACAACGGCUUGGUCCUCGGGCUACUGCGCCAUUAACGUCGCCACGGGCAGUCUAAUAUAUCAAGCCAAGGGGGAGCCCGCACUGGCCAAGACCUUGAUUCCUGAUCUGCGUGGCUGUCAGGUUCGCUCGCUGGUCGAUCCGGAACUACGGACGAACUACCUCAGCGUCUCCACGUUUACUUCAGGACUCGGUGUCGAGCUAAGACCCCAUGUGAGCGAAACAUUCGAUUCCUGGCUUGCUGCUUUGUUAUGCUGGCAGCCAAUCCGCCCCAAGGGCGUCCAAAACAAGAUGACAAAGCCCCAGUCGGUGGCCAUUGGCGACCGCCGUUUGGUCGAGCGCCGGCGAAACUCCGAAAGUACAGUACAAAAAGAGGCAGCUAUCAUUAAAGUUGGCAAGAUGCUAUUAUGGGACAGGCCCAGUGCGUCGGGUGUUCGACCUUCCUCUGGCCGCCGAGUGUCAACAUAUCGCCAACAGAGAGCUCUUUCCUCCUCGUGGCUGAGAGUCAGCUGUACGUUGCAAGAGAAUGGUGCCUUCAAGCUGUAUACCGAGUCCGACAUUACACUUGUAACAUGCAUCCAACUUUCGCAACUUUCCCGCUGUUCCGUGCAGCAAUUGCACUCUUCGGUCUUGGAAGACGAAUUCUGCAUCGCCAUCUAUCCUCAAUACGCCGUGCACUCUGCAUCCGGCAUCACUCGACCAGUAUAUCUAGCCCUGGAAAGUCGAGUCCUAUUCGAGGUAUGGUUCGUGCUCCUGCGCGCCUUUACGAUACCUGAGCUCUAUGGGCCCGAAACUUGUGCAGAAGAUGACCCGAAGAGUCCGUCCGACGCCGCUGCGUCAUCCAUGGCAGAUAUGUUCCGAAUCGAGCGCAUGCUCAAUGUGAGAGUCACGGAAGCUAAGCUGCUCCGAAAUAAGGCUGCGGAGAAGGCUCCUAGAAGCCGGAAGCAGUCACGGUCACAUAGCAAUUCAACCCCAACAUCUGCCGUGAGCGAUUACUACACAGAAGUACUUCUUGAUGGGGAAAUCCGUGCCAAAGUAUCGAUUCUAGUAAAGACGAUCAGCCCGACACAGAAGGAUUGGACGCUUAUCGCACAUGGCUCCUAUGGCCAGGACCAUAGUAAUCCGGCACGUUUGUUAGACGACGUUGAGCUCUCCUCCCAGGAUGCUACGUUCGGCAGGGUCGAUUUGAAAUUGGACGAUCUACAGCCUGGAGUCGAAACGGAAAAGUGGUGGCCGAUCUUAGAUGAUAAAGAUCAGCCGGUGGGUGAAAUGCUCAUGCGAGCGCGGAUGGAGGAGACGGUCGUUCUGAUGUCGCACGAGUACACGCCGAUGUCUGAAAUCCUACAUUCGUUCACCAAUGGCCUCACUAUUAACAUGUCUCAAGUCAUGUCCUCGGAGCUGAAUCAGUUGUCCGAAGCUCUUCUAAAUAUAUACCAGGUGUCAGGCACGACUGUCGAAUGGAUCUCAGCCUUGGUUGAGGAUGAGAUUGACGGGCUGCACAAAGAAUCGACAGCGAAUAGACUGAGGUAUACCACGAGGAUUCACUCCAACGAUUCCCGGGAGUCGGGCCAAGAAAGAGAAGUCCUUGUGAGAGACAUGGGCCGUACUGCUACCGUCGAGGCAAACCUGCUUUUUCGAGGAAAUUCGCUUCUCACCAAGGCGCUUGACUACCACAUGCGUCGCUUAGGCAAGGAGUACUUGGAAGAAACCAUUGGCGAGCGACUUCGCGACAUCGAUGAGACCGACCCGGAGUGCGAGGUGGACCCUUCCCGUGUACAUCGAUCGGAUGAUCUCGAACGCAACUGGAGGAACCUCGUCUCCCUAAGUACAGGGGUCUGGAAGUCGAUUGCAAGCUCUGCAUCUAGAUGCCCGGCCGAGUUGAGGCUCAUCUUUCGGCACAUCCGAGCUUGUGCCGAGGACCGCUAUGGCGAUUUCCUUCGGUCAGUCACAUACAGUAGUGUAUCGGGGUUCCUAUUUCUGCGGUUCUUUUGUCCAGCAAUUCUGAAUCCCAAACUCUUUGGAUUGCUCAAAGAUCAUCCGCGCCCCCGCGCCCAACGCACAUUGACACUGAUCGCCAAGGCCCUGCAGGGCCUGGCCAACAUGACCACCUUCGGCAGCAAGGAGCCUUGGAUGGAACCCAUGAACAAGUUUCUGGUCAGCAACCGCGCCGAUUUCAAGCAAUUCGUCGACUCGAUCUGUGCUAUCCCUGCCGACCGUCCCGCACCUAUCGUCACACCCUCCUAUGCCACCCCCAUACAGAUUUUGGGUCGUCUGCCCCCGACAUCCCGCGAAGGAUUCCCCAGUCUACCCUUCCUCAUUGAUCACGCGCGAAGCUUUGCCAAUCUCAUCAGUAUAUGGCUCGAGAUCGCACCGGAGCGCCUGGCGGAAAUGGAGGAGAUUGACCCAGCCGUCAGCAAAUUCCAUGAAAUGGCCGUUCGUCUGCACCAACGCACCAAGGAAUGUUUGAGCAGAGCCGAGCAGGCAGAGCGUCCAAACGGGGGCCUUGAGGUCAAGUGGGAGGAACUGGUCGAUGCCAUGGAACGAUCGGUGACCUUUUACGAAGACAGCUCCAAGCCUACGAGCCCGGCUACAGAGGCAGCUAUCGCAGGGUCGACAUCCCUUACCGGCAGCCAUCGCAAUUCGAUCGGCUAUUUCGCGUCACGGCCCUCUCUACCGCGUCGAUCUACCGAUUACGCUCCUGAAGCCGAGGAUGACACGCCUCCCAGCUCCUCUUCUGCCACCUGGGACCAAAGUAGAGUCCCCUUCUCGAUCCCGCGAUGGGCAGAUCCCAGGGACAGCACCGGCAGUUCGAAGAACUCUUCCACGUACUCGCUUGAAUACCCCGAACCCUCGAAAUCGCGCAGAUCUAGCAUCACCAGGGAGACAACAAGCAAGUACCGGUUCUUCGAUUUCGUGCCCCCGUCUCGCCGCAAAGCGAAGGAUCGGGAACAGGCUCAGCAUUCGCGUGAGGAACAGCGCAACGAGUUAUGA